AUGAGAAAGGUAAUUAAUCAGAAAAACGGCUUACUUGACAAAAAUUGAUAUUUCAGGGAAGAAUGGAAAACUCCGGUGACGAAAAAUGCGCUGAAAGGACUAGAGUAAGUAUAGAAGGUGGUAAAGACACAAAAACCGUUCAGAAUUUUUUGGAAAGUGAAGCGUUUGUCCGACAAAUCACCGCCGAUGACAGAAAUGAUAGGGGUGGGAGGCUCUCAUCGUCUGAAGAUUAUUCCGUAUCUCCAGAAGGGAAUAGUGAGGCGAGCACUCCACGCGUCAAUUCAAAGGCGCGGAAACUAUUCGUAUGUCAGCUUUCCAGAUUAUACCAAUGAAAAAGAAUGCUUGCAGUGCGUCGCUCGUCCGAGACUUUCUAACAAGUCGAUGCUGAAAGGACUUGUCGAACGUGCUGAAAACUACAACAAGACAGUAGACAAAGAACUGUUGACCGACUCGAGAAUCGCCUUCGGUGAGCCGGGAAUUAUAAAGAUUCAACCUCGCUCAGAUGUUACAGAAGACGGACAGUUGAAAGGAAGCAAAUCGUUGGAUUUGAUGGCGAAAGAUUUACAGCAGUUGGCAGUGUCGAAUCAACAUAUAUCGACCCGGGGGCGCGGUGACAUCUUCGGAAAGUUGCGCAGUGUAAUGUUGCCCGCAUAAAUUAGACCAAUUUUCUGGUUUGCAGAGUUCCGAGUGUGAAGAAGCGAAAGGAGAAUUGUUCGAAAGUCCAGUCAGUAAUAAUGGCAGCACCGGCAGCUGCAAAAAAGCAAAAGUCAUUGUGAGCAAGGCGUCGUUGAGCUCGACAAAACUCUCUUUCAGCCAUUCAGCACCCGUAUCAAUGUCAUUUUGUCAAGUGAUGGCUCUGGAAACACUUCGCGCGUCGUCGUCGCGGAUGAUAACAAUCUCAGUUUCCAGUCUCCUCGUCGUACCGCACUUUCUUCACGAUUGACGCGAGAGAGCAAUGAACCGUUGGCCCAACACCACUAUGAUCCGAGCACAGCUUAUAACGGAAAAGUGAAUUGUUCAGCAGCCGAGUGUAGCUAAUCGAAUGAGCCAUUCAGGUGGAACCCGACUACCGCUACAGUUACAAACCGCAGCAGCCGGCGUGUGCUCACGUAGUUCCUGUUCCUGUCGGUCACAGAGUCGUCCCUUUCAUUUCGAGUGUUGUGUCUCCGGUUCGUCCUGGACAGCGUUAUCCGAAGCGACCAGAGAACAAUCUCCGUAACAGUCUUCGUCUUGUUCAGAUAAUCAGCGAAUAUUUCAGCGCCACCAUCUAAACCGAAACAUCUCAAUCACAACUACUACGACAUCAAUCUGUACGGCGCUGCGCAGGAGGAGAUAAUUGCACAGAGAAUCGAGUAAGCUCAGCCGAGAUGGCAACUUUUCAACACGUUUUUUUUCAGGAAGACGGUCAGACAGACUGAGGCGCCACCACGAUUCUGA